AUGUCGAGCCAAGUUCAAGACAUGCGUGGAUGGCCAUCGCCAUUUGCAAACGCGGCUUACCAACCGGAUGCUUCUUCGCGCCGAGUACGCUAUGGUGGACUACAAGUACAUAACCUUCGCCAGGCUACUGCCAGCAGUCUAGUGCCUUCCAUUAUCCAGGGGCUGAGGGCUGAAGACCGAGAGUUGCCAUCUCUCUUGCUCUGGAACGAUCAGGGCUUGUCGCUAUUCAAUGCAGUCCUUGACUCUGCCGAAUACUACGUUGCCAACAAAGAGUGGGCCUUGUUACGCAAUGCAGUUCAUAAUGUCGUAGCUUCAAUCUCAUCUGGAGACCGACUGGUAGAAUUGGGUGCCGGGAACAUGAAGAAGACAGCUCUGAUACUACGUAUCCUGCAGUCUCAGAGGAAGUACAUUCACUACAUUGCCUGCGAUGUGGACCGCGCAGCCCUCCAAAGAGGCCUUCGCAAUCUUCAAGCGAUCUUCCCCGCUUCGACGUCGAGCAUCAGAAUCCAGGGUCUAGUCGCCACGUAUGAAGACUGCGCCGCCUGGCUGCAGCGCAACCCAGGAAGUGGACACACAUCGUUGAUGUGGCUGGGAAAUAGCUUGGCCAACUUCCCCCCGCCAGAGGCCUCCGAAUAUAUUCGGAGCUUUCUCAGCACCGGUGCCUCCAUGAUUAUUGCCUUGGACGGUUGUCAAGACCACGAGCAGAUUGCACGCGCGUAUGAGGGCCCGUCGAAUCAGAAAUUUGUUCUGAAUGGGCUGCGGCAUGCAAACGAUGUGCUUGACACGGAUGCGUUCGAUGUGAGCAAUUGGAGUUUUCUCGGACGAUGGAACCCCGAGCUAUGGAUGCAUGAGAGCUUCUACGUGGCAGAGCGAGACUUGACCCUCAAGAUCGGUAGGGAGACCUUCGUGUUCCGGAAAGGGGAAACGAUUCGCUCCAUUCGGAGUGGCAAGUGGCCAAAGCCAAAGGUGGUGGACAUCUGCAGAGAGGCUGGAGGGGACGUUGUUGACUGGUGGAUGAACCCCGAUGAGUCUUACGGCAAGUCUGCUACUCUUAUGGGGUACCUGGCGCGUUCGCUAAUUGAUUCUUUCACUCAACUAGGCUUUUACUUGCUGCGGAAAUCGAGCGAGUACGAAUAG